UGCAAAGGGUAGCAAAUGAAGGCACUUCCAAUAGCGAAUUCCAUAUACCCUAAGCACUAUAAAAAGGGUAACGGUCAAGCCAAUAGAGGGCACUUACAGUCUUACUGGACUGAAACCUCUUUAGCAUUGACAUACAUACCUAAAAUGGCAGCAUCCAAGGUAAGCCUGAAGCUUUUGAUCGAGAAAAAGAGCCAACGGGUGCUCUUUGCUGAAGCAGACAAGGAAUUUGUUGAUUUACUGUUUAGCAUUUUCACUCUGCCGGUCGGAACGGUCACUAGGCUCUUAGAAAAGCAAAACAUGGCAGGCUGCUUGCAUAGCCUGUACAAGAGCAUGGAGAAUCUGAGUGAUAGAUACUUUCAGCCAGACCAAGACAAGAACUUUCUGCUAAACCCAAAAGUAGCCAUUUCUGGUGCUAAAGUCCCUCUACUCUUGCCAAGCGUUGAGCAGUCAUAUACAGCAAGUAAAAUUUAUAGGUGUGGCAACUACCACUGUACGUACGUGGCUAAUGACCCGAGAGCAAUUUGUCCUUCAUGCAGGAAUCAAAUGAACAGCGAGCAAACUUUCGUAGACCCGCCAAGCGAAAUCAAGGCAUCCUCCUCUAGUGAGGGAGGUUACGUGAAAGGGGUGAUCACUUACAUGGUGAUGGAUAAUCUGGAGGUGAAGCCCAUGUCAACCAUCUCUUCUAUCACUUUACUUACCAAGUUUAAUGUCAGGGACCUUGGGUCUGUUGAGGAGAAAGUCGUUGAUUUUGGAGUGGAUGAGGUUCUGAGUUUGCUCGAGGCUUCUUUGCAAUCGAAGACUGUUCUGACCGAUGUCUUCCUUCAGAACCAUAGUGAGUUACUGACAAUGAGGAGUGAUUCAGAAUGUGGGCCGGUUUUAGAGCCAAAUUGAAAGCACCGUUGCUUCUUAAUUAUUAGUCUUUUAAUUUCAAGGUGCAUGCAGGAACUCUGGAAUAAUUUGUCCAGCACAGUAUCUGUGAGUUUGGUGUUUUUGUUGAAACCAUGUUUCUCGUGUGUUGUUUCAUGUUAAUCAAAUCUGGUGUGGUAAUAAUAUAUGAUUUUUAUUGUUUCUGAAGCAGUAAA